AAAAAAGGAGCGUCUCUCGCAUCGCAUCUCAUCUUCCCGACCCUCUCGCUCCGCCGCCGCCACCGCCCCCCGACCCUCGCCGACACGACGCUCCUCCGCCGCGCGCGCCCUCCUCCUGCGCCUCCCACGCGGUCCCGUCGGAUGCUCCCCUCCGCCGCCCCGCUGCCCCUCCGCCGAGCGUGCCAGACUCCUCCACCGCCGCCGCCGCCGCCUCGUUCUUCUUCCAGGCCCGGGAGGAGCCCGUGAGGUUACCGUAGCGCAAGCCCAGGCAGCAACCCGGCUGAGCUCACCCGUCUUCACCAGCAGGGGUCGUCCGGCCGCCACCGCGCGUCGCCGGUCGUGUCACCACCGCCGCUUCUGCUGCUUAUGAGAGCCCUCACUGCCGCCACAAUCUCCUCCCUGAUACGCGCCCUCCUCCUCCUCCACCCCUCCUUCCCCUCAACCUUCCGCCUCCCUCCCACCAUGAACCCCUCCUCCUCCUCUGGCUACCGCUCCAAUGCUGCCGCCUUUGCCUCCACGCACCAGCCGCGUGGCGGCCGUGGCGGUGGCAGGCGGCCGGGUGGACGUGGCGGCGGCGGCGGUGGCGACGGCGGAAACCGCAUCGACGCCCUCGGCCGCCUCCUGACGAGGGUCUUGCGGCACAUGGCGCCGGAGCUGAGGCUGAACAUGAGGAGCGAUGGCUAUGUGCGGGUCCGCGACCUGCUCCGCCUCAACCUGGAGACCUUCGCCAAGGUUCCGCUCAACUCCCACACGGUGGAUGAAAUCAGGGAGGCGGUCAGGCGAGACAACAAGCAGAGAUUUGGUCUGUUGGAGGAGGAUGGCGAGCUGCUGAUUCGAGCUAACCAGGGGCACACUGUGACAACUGUUACAUCAGAGAGCUUGUUGAAACCAAUUCUAUCGGCUGAUGAAGUCUCAGUCUGUGUCCAUGGAACUUACAGGAAAAAUGUUGAUUCAAUACUGAAAUAUGGGCUUAAACGUAUGGCAAGGCUACAUGUACAUUUCUCAAGUGGUUUACCAUCGGAUGGGGGAGUUAUUAGUGGUAUGCGGAGUGGCGCAAACAUAUUGAUAUAUUUGAAUGUCAGAAAGGCACUGCAAGACGGGAUGAAGCUAUACAUCUCAGACAACAAGGUGAUACUGACGGAGGGCUUCGACGGCGUCGUCCCCGUCAAGUACUUCGAGAAGAUCGAAACUUGGCCAGGACGUGCACCGAUACCGUUCCAGAGGUAGAAGAUUCUCCUUGCGAAAAAGGAAAUCAACCGCGUUGUAAUAUCUGAAAGGGCCGUGGUUUCAUCAUGUAACCCUGGUAUAUGAGAGGGGGCAUCAUUCUGCUGCUGCUGUGGACCUUGUACUGGUUGUGGGAAACCUGCGUAUGGUGAUGAUGACCGGAUUUUAUGGGGUAGCAAAUUUUGUUUAUGAUGUGUGGAUCUGCGAAGUUUCAUCCAAAAAUACAUAAAAUUUGCAUGCA